AAUAUAUGAGUGUUUUAAAACCUUUAACACAAUAAUAAUAUAUGUUUUGAUGAAAUUUUUUUUGACAUAUAUAAAUAAUUUGAUGUUUGAUUUAACUAUUUGAAAUCAUAAAUAAUAACUUAUUAUGCUGAUUUUUGGAUUAAUAAGACAUAAAGUAAUAAAUAUUCGUAAGAUGAUUAUGUCCGCAUGUGCGGGCAAAACACCUAGUAUACUAUUAAAACAUAAGUCAUGAAUAUGUGAUAUUUUAAAAUGGACCAUCAUGUAGAAUGUUUAUCAAAUUUUAAAAUAAAUAUUUGGUUUGAGGAAUCACUUAAAAUAUAUGCAUGUAUAUAUAUUAUUCAACUGAAAGCACAAGAAACUGAAUGAUGAUAAGAGCUUAAGAGAGUAAGCUAAUUUCUAUAAAAUGGUGCUAGUCUUAUGCCUUUAUCAUAACUAGCUGGGCUAUAAAUAUUGCAUGAAAAUAUAUAUAUGUAGACAAUGUCAUAAAUAUUGAAUAAUAAUUAUAAAUAUUAAAAAUAUAUAUUUUAACUUCAAAUAGUUUGAAAAUCAGUAGUAAAAUUUCCAUAAAUUUGAUAUAAAAAUAACUGAUGAAUAUAUUUAGUAAUAAUACUUGCUUGUGGAAUUAUAUAUAUGUAAUUAUCACAUUAACUUCUCCAACACAUAUUAUGCAUCUUCUUCGGCCUCUUCUUAUUUGUUUCAUCAUCAUUUCGUUUUUUAUUUAAAUUUUUGCUAAUAUAAUCCUAAUUUUUUGCCAAAUAUUUAUUUAUCACUCUAAAUAAUAAUACAAACCAUACACUUAGUGAACCAAAGAGUGUCCUUUGCUAUUUUAUAAUUGAUAUAUUAUUAAUAAAAUUGUAACUAUCAAUUGAGUUCAUAUAACAAUGCAAAAUAGUGAUGUCUUGUUGAGUCAUUUUUUCCAUGAUGGUGUCGACGAAAGCUGCUGCUGUUGGAGCGGCUUCAGCCGGGGUGGACUCGUCGCCGGACAACGAGUCUGAGUGAACCAUGAUGAUCUUUGUGAUGCUACUUUGUCGGGCCUCACGGUGGGAUCCAACUGUUUGAAUCGAGAUUUGUCGGAAACUAGUAAAAGAGACGAGAACUCGUCGGUGGGUCGAGACAAAGACGUUUAUUAGAUCAGAGAACAUUUAGUCGGUUUACAAAUAAGGAAAUAUGCAGUAGAAAGUAAGUCGGCGAAAGCUAGUUCACCGGAAAAUACAAGUCGGCGAGAAAGAUAAAAUGAAACCCUAGUUCUAGCCGCCGAAAGUAUGUGUAGUCGAUUUCGGAUCCUCUUUUCGUUGCUUUUGUCUCUCCUUAUAUAGACGACCAGUCGAUGACCUAAUUCGCCCUCAUUCAAUGGGUUUUUCAUUCGUUGGGAUGAACUGUCGGGCCUCUGUGUCGAGCCGUUGAGUGGACUGUUUUCAGUCGCUCGUUCGAUCGACUAAAAGCGGUCUCAAGUCGAGGCAAUCUAUGAGCCGUCAAGCCGAAUCUUUUUCUUCUGAUUAUGGGCCAGCUAUUAUGUGGGCUUUGUGGUAGGAUAUGAUCCAUACCCAACACCAAUCUUGAAAAGACUUGACAUCUUUAAUACGAUUUUCAACUCAGAGUUUGUGGUAUCCGAUGAAUUUUAGCCAGAUCUUAGGUUAAGAGCUGGUGUCAUGAAGAACUUACUACCUUCUUUUUACUCUCAUGUCCUGCAUCACGAGCUCUUCUUCUCUUAACUUUCUCUCUUCACGGUGUCAGAUUUGUCUAUUGUGGACUUUGAACUAGGAAAAUACAAUAAGCACACGUAAAGGUCAAAAACUAAACCUAUUCUCAGUAGGUUUAUGAAUCCUUUUAAACAUUUUUUGAACUAUUUUUUCGAUAUAAUACUCUUGGAAAUUAAUAUUGGAUAAAGAAAUUCUAUAGCCUUCUCGGACUAACUACCAUUCGCCUUGUGUCCUUGUUCUGUUACUCUGUUAUUCCGGUAACAGAACUAAUUCCUAUAAUCAUUUUGGAUAGUGUUAUACUCUCACACGCUUUCAUCUGAUUUAAACUAACUGUUCAAUAACAGCCUUUGUGAUCGACUAUUCGACACAAAAGGAAAGAAAUUAUUGUAAUUAGAAUAAGAGACUGUUGUGAAGAUGGAUUUUGAAAGAUUCAUAUCGGUAAAAAAGACAGUAAUAAAAUAAAUAGGAGUGGGUGGGUUGCUUUGUGCUUUAAACAAAGAAGAAAAGGCAAAACAAUGCUUUUGAUAUUUUUACUUUGUAUUAUUAUUUAUUGAUUUUGAUUAAAAAGGGAAAGCUCAAAAAACUCCAAAAGAAUUGACAAAAUUGAAAACAAAAAGAUAAUUGAUAGAGAUCAAUGAUUCUUUACUUUAGCUUAGCCUUCUUCUUGGUGUAUAUUCUUUAUGUGUUUUUCCUACACUACUUUAACCUUUAUGCUGAUUUUCUAUUCGAGAAUUGGCUUGUUCUUUGGUUUGCAAUAUACAAGGGAAAAGGAUACAUUCAUAAAAUUAAAUUUGGAGAAUAAUUAGAAAUAUGGUAUGUGUAUAUUUAGUAAGGUGAUAUAUAUUACUUUAGCCCCAUAUGGAAUCUUCAUGGAUGGUAAAAAGAGCAAAGAAAAUCAGAGCAUAUCACAUGCACGAAAACUUUUACAUCUUAUGGAUUGCGUCAUAAGUAACUUCUGGGUGCACGCGUUACACUAGAUUACCGAGUUCUGACACGUUGUGAAACGAUAUUGGUUUAAAGUAUCAGAGGUGCAGGUGCACACUGAUACUGCAUCACAGUGGAUCAAAAUAAACGAGUUUAAUUCUCGACGAAGAAAUAUAUAAAGAGUUAAAGUUUCUUUUUUCUCCACCACUUUCUCACACACACACAAAAGCUCCCCAAAUCAAAUCUUCGCCGGAGAUACUCGAACCGGUGACGAUGAAGCGGACUACGUCAUCGAACUCGGAAGCGCAGAGCUACAUCGAAUCACCACUCUCUCCUCUUCGAUUCCAUUCCCCUCUCUCAGAUGCCGGAGAUCCACCGGAGAGCCGUUACGUUUCCCCAGAGGGAUCUCCUUUCAAACUCGACAACCCCAAGACAAUCGUAACCGACGGCAAGUUCCCGCCUCUUCCGCCGCCUCCUCCUCAGUUCCCGCCGCGGCAUCAGAGGAGCGCGAGAGGAGCCCCGACGAACUCUUCGUCCGAGAAGUCUCCGUCGUCUAUGGUGGUGUUCAAUCGCUGGGUGAGGGAGGAAGGUCCACAGACCACGACGAGGAAGGUUGGAGGCGGAGAGACGACGACGGUGAACAGAGCGAGACGAGAUGAAUUGGUGAGUAUAGCGGCGCUAGGGUUUAGAGUGAGCGAAGUGAUUCUGUGCGUGAUAUCGUUUUCGAUCAUGGCGGCUGAUAAAACUCAAGGAUGGAGCGGCGAUUCUUAUGAUCGUUACAAAGAGUACAGGUAUUGUUUGGCUGUAAACGUUAUAGCAUUCGUAUACUCUGCGUUUCAAGCUUGCGACGCUGCUUGCUACAUCGCUAAAGAGUCUUAUAUGUUGAACUGUGGAUUUCAUGACAUCUUCGUCUUCUCCAUGGAUCAAAUUAUUGCAUAUCUUCUGAUGUCGGCUUCUUCAUGCGCUGCUACUCGAGUUGAUGAUUGGGUAUCUAAUUGGGGAAAAGAUGACUUUACUCAAAUGGCAACCGCUUCCAUCGCUGUUUCUUUUAUAGCGUUUGUGGCGUUUGCAGUCAGCGCUUUGAUUUCUUCUUACAGGCUCUUCUCUCAUGCUUCCUCUUGAUUAUAUCCCCUUUUGUGUUGCCUGAGAACAAAUAUGACUCUUUUGUCUUUGUAUAGUUGCUCUUACAGCUUAGGAACCACCAUGGUAAUGAUCUUUGCUACUCUUUCUGUGA